AUGGCGAGAAGUAACCAACUCAACCCUAGUGAUUCAAGGAUGGUGGUUCCUUUAAACAUGUGGGUUUUAAUCUCGAAUUUCAAGUUAGCAUACAAUCUUCUUCGUCGUCCUGAUGGAACUUUCAACCGUGACUUGGCGGAGUUUCUUGAUCAGAAAGUUCCGGCGAAUGCAAACCCUAUGGAUGAAGUGUUUUCUUUUGAUGUGAUUGUUGACAUGGAAACUAAUUUUCUUACUCGAAUUUAUCAUUAUGUUGAGGGAGAUGAAAGUGUGAACAUUGUUGAUCUUGAGAAGCAUGUUACCUCUGAGGUUGUGCUGGUUUUGAUGUUCUUCCAUGGAGGAAGUUUUGCGCAUUCUUGGAUUCGAAUCAAGGACUUGGACUCGAGCAACCAGUUUUGCACGAGUCUUCAAGCUGGUGAUUCCCUCAAGUUCAUCUUCCGCGAGCAGCAUGACAACCAUCAAAUCAACGACCUCCUUCUCCAGGUUUUUUCUCUCGAGAAACAAUGA